CGACUGCGCAUGCUCAGUGCCGGACAGACCGGUGUCCAGUCAGUAUCAGACACUCUGAUCAGAUGCGUUUGCCUCAUAUGCUCCAGUCCCGUUAGUUACAUUCAGUUUUCCUUCGCGUAAUUAUUGCCAAACCUGCGGGGUUGAUGUGUUUAAACGCACACUGUAGAUUUAAAUCCAGACAUUUAUCCACUCGCAUAUUUCACCUGGGCUGCACCGCACCUGAUGUCGGCAUAGGCACGCGCUCGCAAGGAUAAUCAUCUUAGAACUAGAGCCAUGGAGACAGUCAUUCACUUUAUGAAUGACUCUGUAGAGUUUUAUAAAUGGAGCCUUACCAUAGCAGAUAAGCGAGUGGAGGAAUGGCCGAUGAUGUCAUCUCCACUCCCCACCCUGGGGAUCAGUGUUCUCUACCUACUCUUCCUCUGGGUCGGACCCCUUUACAUGCAAAACCGGGAGCCUUUUCAGCUCAGAAAAACCCUCAUUGUGUACAAUUUCAGCAUGGUGCUGCUUAACUUCUACAUCUGCAAAGAGCUGCUUCUGGGCUCCAGAGCGGCCGGAUACAGCUACCUCUGCCAGCCUGUGAACUACUCCAGUGAUGUUAAUGAAGUCAGGAUAGCGUCAGCACUAUGGUGGUACUACAUCUCUAAGGGGGUGGAGUUUCUGGACACAGUGUUCUUCAUCAUGAGGAAGAAGUUUAAUCAGGUCAGCUUCCUGCACGUCUAUCACCACUGCACAAUGUUCAUCCUGUGGUGGAUCGGCAUCAAGUGGGUUCCUGGUGGACAGUCUUUCUUUGGCGCUACGAUUAAUUCAGGCAUUCAUGUUCUGAUGUAUGGCUACUAUGGCUUGGCCGCGUUUGGACCGAAGAUCCAGAAAUACCUGUGGUGGAAGAAAUACCUCACUAUUAUUCAGAUGAUCCAGUUCCACGUCACCAUUGGCCACGCCGCACAUUCUCUCUACACGGGCUGCCCAUUCCCGGCCUGGAUGCAGUGGGCUCUGAUUGGCUACGCCGUCACAUUCAUCAUCCUGUUUGCCAAUUUCUACUACCAGACAUACCGCCGCCAGCCACGCCUCAAGUCGGCUAAACCUGCUGUGAACGGCAUCUCCAAUGGCACCAGCAAGACACCGGAGGUCACAGAAAACGGAAAGAAACAGAAGAAAGGAAAAGGAAAGCAUGAUUGAAAAGAAACAAGACAGGAUGUGAAACACUGGGUCUCAUGGGCUUCAAAAAUAGCCAUGUCUCAACUGCUACAGACUGUUUGGUAAUUGUGAAAACAAAAAUGGUCUUUUUUUUGUUAACUUUGCUGACUGUAUUUCAAACUAGGGACAUUUCAAACGCAACCAGUCCUGUGUGACAUCACUUCCUCAAUUAUCUCCUUUGAGUUGUUUAGGCUACUUGAGGCAGUUUUAUAAUACAAAAUGUCCUAUUUGGUUUAUGGAAUCAAAAUAACAAACUACUUUGAGAAGUUUCGUAUUAUUUGGGGGGAAUAGUCUGUUUUUCUUCACAAAAUCACAUGCUUUUUCACAUAAACAGAACGCUAAUUCUCUUGAAUGUUUUUAUUUAGUAUAAGCAGCAGAUGAAAGAUUCUUACAUAAAUGAUACAGCUGGACGCUUCACGUGUCCUUCCUCUGGUCUCGAUGACAGCCAGCUUUCCUGAAAGACUGAGCCCUUAAACAACAAAUGAUAAUGAGAAUGAGUCAUUCGAGAUGCAAGUCUGAAUCACUUCCAUAAAACAUGAGGAUAAUCCCACUUUCUAGUUUUUUAUAGCUAUUAUUAUUGUCUGUUUCAAUCUUCAUUUAUCGUGAAACAGUGGUGUUUAAGGGUUCAGGUGAAUGUUAUUCAGAUGGCAACACAGUUCUACCAAAGAAAAUUACUGUACAUUUGGUGGGUUUAUGCUCUUGCAUUAGAUAAUGUCAUUAUUUUAAUUUAAUUCCCUGUGCAAAACAAGUUCCUGAGAUUUGCGUGCAGUAAUGAUGGUGUCAUGGCUAUAUACUCAGGUAGUUUCAAAUGUUUUUGUUCCACAUGUAAAAUUAGACACAUAUACUGCGUACAAACACACACACACUUGUGUCCUUAAUGUCCGUUCAGGUAUGUGUACUCCUCUCUAUUGCUUUGUGCAUGUAGCUUUUUAUUAAGUUUUUGCAAGUUAUAUUACUUUAAAGUUAUACUUAUUUUGCUUUUUGUUCCCUUUUAUGAAAAAAAAAAAGUUCCCUGUGUUAAUAGAAUCCCACAAUUGGAAAAAAGGUAGGACAAAUAUGUUUGAAAACGGCUAUAUAUUUUCUGUAUGACAAUCUUAAAUUCACACAGGAAGCUGUGUUUGUGAUCUGUACAUUGUGUACAACAGAUUCUUACAAAUGUCAAUGUUCCUCUUAUUGUAAACAGAUAUAUCAGUUUAUACAGAACUGAAUGAAAUAAACAGGAUGUCAACCUCA